AGUGGAAGGUUCUUUGAAAUCUGCUUAUGAAAAGCGCUGUUUGAAAGCCAGCUACUUAGGCUCCUGUGGCUAGGUAAUAUCAGCUGCAAAUCUCGGUGAGAACUGAAACUGUCUCAGUGACUACUAACUCUUGCCAACAGACAUUUCUUUGUCUAACAAAACCUAAGAAAUUAAAUGGCCAAAACACUGACAGAGUUAAGUCUGCCCGAUGUGAGCUCGUGCCCUUCUAGAACAUUUGAGUUCAUCAGAUCUCAGAUUUCUGAAAACCAGGACAUACAGACUUCGGGUAAAGGUCCACACAACCUUAACUCUGCCCUCUUGGAGUGAUGCUCCAACACAUCCAUAACACCUGCACUCCCACUCUGUAAUGAACAGGCUCUACCUUAACCUGCCCUGUGCUCAAACGCUGUGCCUGCUCCCCCCACCAAAUACCACGUGUCACAUUUAAUAACUCUUUUUGCACCUUUUAUGGUACCUACACACAGCAGACCAGCUAAACCUACACUUUCCCCUACCCAUCAUUAAAUCCGGACUGCUCUCCUAUCCUAUCUCACUGCUGGUAGUACUUACGGCAAGUGCACCCUGGUGCCCUGCUGCUGACACAACCCACACAACUUGAUUGCCAUGAGGCAGACUGAAACCUCAAGGUACAGAUCCACCUCCUUGUUUGAUUCAGACCCAGAUCUCCUCAUAUCACAGUCACAGCUCUUCCAAGCUACUCCAACAUAUUCCUCCAUCAUUCAGUACAGCUAUCCUCAACAGACUGAGUGUAGCUGGAGAGCAUGCAGGUAAUUCCCAGUGGGUGUUGCGAGCUCCAGGGGGGAGAGGAGGCAGAGUUAAGGUUGCACAGGCUUUUACCGUAACUCUAUUUCCUGGUUUUCAGGAGUUGGAGUUUUGCUGAACUCAAUGUUCAGGAAGGGCACAGGAUACCCCAGGGCUGCCUUAGCUCGGCAUUAAGGCAGGUUUUUUGCUAUUUCAUUCGAUCAAAGGCUGAACAGACAGGCAAGCUAGUUGUCAUCCCCAGUGUUCUAAUGGGCAGAGGGCGAAUUAAUAUUAGUCUGUUUUCCCCACCCGAGUCCAUCCGUCUCAUUCGUCCAGGCUGUUCACCAGUAAGGCCCUCUUGACCUGGGACCGUCUUCUGGAGUCAGGCUCCUGCCAUCAUUUAGGGAAGGGUUCUUUCUCUGGACUUGGGGCCUUACAGAGGUCAAACUGCUGCAGCUCAUCUCUGGAGCGGGAUGUAGUUCCCCAGCGAUCUGGACUUCUUGCUCCUGCCUGGUAAGGUCCUUUUGCUGGGACCAGGUCUCCCUAGGGCUUUGCCCCUUGUAGCACUUUUGAAUCCCGCUCCCUCCAGGAGCCUCUUUCCUAGGUCCCCCUUUCUGGUGCGCUCUCUAAUCAGCUCCCCUGAGAAGCCCCUUUCCUCAGGAACUGCCUCUGUGUGUUCUGGGGCCCCCCUGCCUGAGCUCUUAGAACCUUUAUAAGGCCUGGGUGUUCCUUAAUUACUUAACUGCUGCCUGGCCGCGUUGGUUGUUAACAACUCGCAAGUGGAUCUGGGUUGGCUCAUUUUCCUUAGUGGAGCUUGUCCCAAGUAGGCUGGCCCCGGCUCCUCUGAAAUAGCCUGCCUGCCCAUAUGUACACUUCUGAUACCAUGUGGAUUUGGGCAUUCAAUUUCCUAACAAGAAACAGAAAUUCAGGUGUGGCUUCUGGUGGCAGGUUUGGUGCCUGGCUUGCUGCCUCUCCCAGUGAGCCACGUUUCAGCCAGUUGAACUCGCAUUUUAUAGUUUGGUUCCUUUCCUAAAAGCGACAGACUGACAAUGUGGACUUGCCUGCUUUCUCACUCUCGUGGGUUUUUUUGGGGGAGCAGCGGUGGCUCUGCAUGCGUAAAGCAGACUGCAGGAGAAAUGGCAAAGAUAUCAUGACCAUACAUGCAUUCAGUGUAGUAUAAAGUGUUUUAUCAGCAAACUCCAUUUCCUGCAUUUAUCUGAGAAGUAGAGUAGUAUUAGCUUGUAUGUGCCUAGCACUUUUCCUUUACUAAUAAUGGCAGAUACUGUGCAUCUGUUGUUCUGAUCACCACCUUCCAGACAGAAAUAUCUCAAGAUAUUCUGCUUCCUUGUCUGUGAAUUAGGACAUCUGACUGAGCUGGAUAGUAAUCAGUGUUGGCUGUGAGCUGAAACCUUUUACUGCUGAACGGUGUGAUGUCUGGCUACAGUGGAUUGGGAAGGAGUGAGUGGGAGGAAAUGGUUGCGAAGAAGAAACCUGCUCCAGUGAAGUAUGAAGUUGGAGAUCUAGUCUGGGCUAAGUUCAACAGACGACCGUGGUGGCCCUGCACAAUCUGUCGUGAUCCAGUGCUUGACUGUCACUCAAAAAUGAAAGUUUCCAAUCGGAGACCAUAUCGAGAGUACUACGUAGAUGCCUUAGGAGACCCUUCUGAGAAAGCCUGGGUUGCAGGAAAAGCUAUUGUACUUUUUGAAGGCAGAUAUCAGUUUGAAGAGCUACCUGUCCUUCGGAGAAGAGGGAAGCAAAAAGAAAAAGGCUACAAGCACAAGGUUCCUCAAAGGUUUAUGGCGAAAUGGGAAGUCAGUGUUGGACAUGCGGAAGAAUUCCUUCUCAAGGAGACUGAGGAUCAGAAGUGUAGUCAGAAUUCCAGCAAGCUGAACAGUGAGGAUGUGCUGUUGGAAUCCUGCACUAAUGGCCCUGUAAUGGAACCUGACAGGCAGCUGAAUGGCUGUUUUAAAUCAUUGACGUUUGACUCCAAACACUUAGCCAGGGAGAAGGGAAGGUCAUGCACUAAAUCACAAGUGAAAAAGAGCUCAGACAGCAGGAAAAGGACUAGAGUAAAAAAGAGCAGCACCAGACUGGAAGCAUCUAGGAGAGAAAUUGGAGGAAAGGCACCGGAGAACAUAGUUAGAAACAGGGUUGCUGGGGACCUGCCGGAUAAACAUGCAUCACAUGAACUUUGUCGGAUAGCAAACAGCCUAACAGCAGCCAAUGGUGCCGUGGAAAACUACUUGCUCUCUUCUUUUGGAGAGAGACGUUUUGAAAAGACAACUUUGAAAGAGGAGUAUCAGGCUCCUCAUGGUGACUCUCUGCGGGACACACUGAGAGUGGAUUUGCUUUCUAGCAGCUCUGCAGAGAGAGGGAAAAGCCCUGUAGGCCUUCUUUGCAGUUCCAAAUUACAGGUACACUAUUCUACAGCUGACACUUCUAUUGAGGAGAAAAAGCAAACGGAGUCGGAUUCGCUGACUUCCUUCUCAGAUGAUGGGACUAGUGAUCUAGAUACAGGGGACCAAAGUUCUGAGGCAGCCUGCAGUGCUCUGGAGAUUAGUGACUCUGCAGAUAAAGAAGAAAAGGAAUUCUGUACAGGGAUGAGGGGAAACAGUAAAUGUUCCAUGUAUCUCUCUCAAAACAGCAAAAGAAGAGCUAGGAAAAGGUCAUCUAGAGAUCACAGAACUCCAUCAGGCCCUGUUGGUGGCAGAAGUGAUGCUGAAUCUGUGGAUGGGGAGCUCCAAGAAGCAGCCUCAGACACUGAGAUGCCUGUUAUUGCUCUAGAGUGUACUUCAGCUAUGAGAAAUGACCAGCUUUCCCUUGCAGAUAAGCACCCUACGCCCCAGAAUGUUUGUCGGGAGAGCUCCCACACUGGGAUUACAAAUCAACUGAAUCUACACCUGAAAAACCUCAAAGUGCCCCGGCUCAUAAGUAUAAGAAGCAAACACAAGGAGAGUGCUGCUGGGACAGAACCCCCUCUCCUGGAAGAGGAAUGUGGUGUGAAUUGCUGUUCUUCUGACACCAAAGGUUUCACUGGUCCACCCACCAAGAGUGGGAAAGUUGAUAGUCAGGAACCAUUAAAUAAUGUGCAUGAGAGAGCCAGGGAUUCUGCCGAAAUAGAGACUGCUGUGGUGAAGCAUGUCCUCUCAGAGCUGAAGGAACUGUCCUUUAGGUCCCUUGGUGAUGAAGCUAGUGGCUAUGGGGCACCUAAGACCACAACACCCUUACUCUUCUCUUCUGCCUCUGGGCAGAGUUGUUUGCCCAUUGAGCCAGACUACAAAUUCAGCACCUUGCUAAUGAUGUUGAAAGAUAUGCAUGAUAGUAAGACAAAAGAGCAGCAGCUGAUGUCAUCUCAAAAUAUGGUCCCGUAUCGAAAUGCUGGCAUGAGCAGUUCCUCUGGAAGUAAUUCUGCAAGUGGCUUGAAGGCUUUGGGUACAAAAGGACCCACUUAUAAAUCAGAAAAAAAUGGAGAUUGUGUUCUGGAAUCAACAUGUCAGAACCCCAGUGCGAGUGAAUCCUCUCUUUCGUGCAGCACUACAGCCAAGAUAACUGGGCGGAGUACUAACAAAAGGGAGCCCACAGAUCCUGCUCUUUCCGGUACGAAUGGCACAAACUGCAUCUCAAGACACAACUGUUCACAAUAUAAGCAGUCAUCCAAACUAGCAGAUAAUGCAACAUCAGUCAGAAAGGAUUUAAAACUAGAAGGGCUGAGCAAGCUUCUAAAUCAGGUCUCCAGUAAUAUAGCAGAGAAAGCAUCCCUCCCGUGCAGGGAUAUGCAGGGAUUGGUUACUAGUCUUGUUUAUAAUGAAAUAGAAGAAACUGCAAGGAAAGAGUCUCUUGAGUUAAUGGAACACUCCACUGAUGAAGACUCUGCAUGUUCAUCUGAUGACAAUUUAGAUCAUGUCAGGAAGAGGCCUGAACCUGAUAAAAAUACUGAUUGUUACACUUCUGCUGAAAAUGGUGAGGGCCUAGAGUUGGAUUCAGAAAGCUCCCUGGGGGAUGAGUCUAAUGAUGUAAACCAUGUAGCACCCAAGAAGCGAUGGCAGCGAUUUAACCAAAGCAGUGCUAGAACCAGUCGGCAUGUCCAUAGAUCUAGGGAUGAAGAGAGCUCCAGGGGCACCUUUGGGGGCCUGAAUUCUAGUGACUUUUCACUAAAGGGAAAGGAGUGCCUGGAGCACAGGCCUCCCACCCUUUCCCCGGGGCUUGAGGGAAACCUGACAGACCAGGACUGGGAGAAUCACUUAGACUUAGUUGUGAAAAGUUUGAAUGUAUGUGAUAAGCCAAACAAUGAUGUGAUGCAUUCAGAAUCAGAGCUUUGCCGUUUUGCUUCCCAGUCUGAGUUCUCUUCACAAGCAUAUUCGGAAAAGAAACGCCUUAGAAAGCCGAGCAAACGGCUUCUGGAAUAUGCAGAAGAAUAUGAUCAGAUAUUUGCACCUAAGAAAAAAUCAAAGAAGGGCCAGGAGCAAUUGCAAAGGGUGACUUCCCAGGAGAGGUCUGAGUUCAAGGGAGGGGAAAGGCUUCAAUCACGAUGCAGGCGUGGAAGUGAUCUCCGAAAUGUGCAGCUGGAGCGGAACCCUCUGGUGUCAACUCCAUCUUCCUCUUCAACCAAAGAUGCUCCUCCAGUUCUUGAAGCAGAACAUUUGCUGUUAGAAGAGCCAGUGUCCCAUUCCUCUGAGCCCACUGACCUACUCGUAGAUGGACAUUCAGACUUGCCGGAGCUAAUGUUAUCUUCCCCUGAUGUGUCUGAAGUUUCUGCUUGUUCUCUGGAGGCAGAGGAACGUUUCCUGAAAUCAGGGAACUUGGAGAGGAAGCGUCAGAGGAAGCCAACUAAGAAGCUCUUGGAAUCCAAUGAUUUGGAUGCUGUGUUUAUACCAAAGAAGGAGGGGUGGGCUCCUCCAAAGAAGUGUUUUGAUGCUGGCCCUCUGGAGAGUGACCUUUCUGAAUUUUAUGCCACGCCCCAGUUUUUGGAUCUCAGAGAAGCUCUUGACAGAGUCCCUGAGAAGCAGAGAAAGCGCAAGAGACAGCGAUACUCCCCAUCCACAGCGCAGUACAAGAAAGGGAGGAGUGAAGAUGCACUGGGGGAAGCUCCCAGUUCUGAGGGGGAGAUACCUAUCCAUGGGAGUGCUACAAGCCCCAAGGAGCUCAAUGAGGAUGGCUCUGAGAAUGACCAUGGAGUGCCUUCAUCCAAAAGGAUGCAGGGGGAGCGAGGAGGAGGAGCAGCCCUCAAGGAGAAUGUUUGUCAGAUCUGUGAGAAGCCAGGGGAGUUGUUGCUGUGUGAAGCGCAGUGCUGUGGUGCUUUUCACCUGCGGUGCCUCGGGCUCUCAGAAAUGCCAAAGGGCAAGUUUAUCUGCAAUGAGUGUUCAACAGGCGUCCACACCUGCUUUGUGUGCAAGAGCAGUGGGGAGGACGUGAGGCGAUGCUUGCUCCCCUUGUGUGGGAAGUACUACCAUGAAGAGUGUGUGCAGAAGUACCCACCCACAGUCAUGCAGAACAAGGGCUUUCGAUGCUCACUGCACAUCUGUAUGACUUGUCAUGCCGCUAACCCAGCAAACCUUUCUGCAUCUAAAGGUCGCUUGAUGCGCUGUGUUCGGUGUCCAGUGGCAUACCACGCCAAUGACUUCUGUCUGGCUGCGGGGACCGUGAUCCUCGCCUCCAACAGCAUCAUCUGCCCCAAUCACUUCUCUCCACGGAGGGGCUGCAGAAACCAUGAGCACGUCAAUGUCAGCUGGUGCUUUGUCUGCUCAGAAGGGGGCAGCCUUCUGUGCUGUGAGUCUUGCCCAGCUGCUUUUCACCGCGAGUGUCUGAACAUCGAGAUGCCGGAGGGAAGCUGGUACUGUAACGACUGCAAAGCUGGCAAGAAACCCCAUUACAAGGAGGUGGUCUGGGUAAAAGUUGGGCGCUACAGGUGGUGGCCAGCUGAGGUUUGCCAUCCUAGAACUAUUCCUGUAAAUAUCCAAAAGAUGAAACAUGACAUUGGCGAGUUUCCUGUGCUGUUUUUUGGGUCCAAUGAUUACCUCUGGACGCACCAGGCUCGGGUGUUUCCCUACAUGGAAGGCGACGUGAGCAGCAAGGACAAGAUGGGCAAGGGAGUGGAUGGCAUUUAUAAGAAAGCUCUGCAGGAAGCGGCUGUGAGGUUUGAAGAGCUGAAGGCACAGAAAGAACUGAGGCAGCUGCAGGAAGACAGGAAGAACGAUAAGAAGCCUCCUCCCUACAAACAUAUCAAGGUAAACAGACCAGUGGGCAAGGUGCAGAUCUUCACAGCAGACCUGUCUGAGAUACCACGGUGCAACUGCAAACACACAGAUGAAAACCCCUGUGGUCUGGACUCAGAGUGCAUCAAUCGCAUGCUGCUGUAUGAGUGCCAUCCCCUGGUCUGUCCGGCUGGGGAGCGCUGUCAGAACCAGUGCUUCUCCAAGAGGCAGUACCCAGAGGUAGAAAUCUUCCGCACGCUGGCACGAGGCUGGGGCUUGCAAGCCAAAAGGGACAUUAAAAAGGGUGAGUUUGUUAAUGAAUAUGUGGGAGAGCUGAUUGAUGAGGAGGAGUGUCGGGCACGAAUCCGCUACGCACAGGAGCAUGACAUUACCAACUUCUAUAUGCUGACUUUGGACAAAGAUCGAAUCAUCGAUGCUGGACCGAAGGGCAAUUACGCUCGAUUUAUGAACCAUUGCUGCCAGCCCAACUGUGAGACUCAGAAAUGGUCCGUGAAUGGCGAUACGCGGGUUGGGCUCUUUGCUCUUGUCAAUAUCAAAGCUGGAACUGAGCUGACUUUCAACUACAACCUGGAAUGUCUGGGGAAUGGAAAGACAGUUUGCAAAUGUGGCGCUCCAAAUUGCAGCGGGUUCCUAGGAGUACGGCCAAAGAAUCCCCCUAACCUUACAGAGGAGAAGUCCAAGAAGUUGAAAAGACGGCAGCAGAUGAAGCGCAGGUCACAGGCAGAGAUCAUGAAAGAGCGAGAGGAUGAGUGCUUCAGCUGUGGAGACGGAGGGCAGCUAGUUUCGUGUAAGAAGACAGGCUGCCCAAAAGUGUACCACGCAGAUUGCCUCAAUCUGACCAAACGGCCAGCAGGGAAGUGGGAGUGCCCUUGGCAUCAGUGUGAUGUGUGUGGCAAAGAAGCAGCUUCCUUCUGUGAGAUGUGUCCCAGCUCCUUCUGCAAGCAGCACCGGGAGGGCAUGCUCUUUAUCUCCAAAUUGGAUGGACGCUUAUCAUGCACAGAGCAUGAUCCCUGCGGACCCAACCCUCUAGAGCCAGGGGAAAUUCGUGAGUAUGUGCCUCCCACAGUCCCGCCGGCUAACCGUCAAAACACUCAGCCCUCUGACCACCAGCCUGCAGUCCUGGGCCUCACGCAUUCCCCUUCUGACAGGCUGCCUCUGGCUGUGGCCCUGCGGCUGCAGCCGUCGGACAAGCCCUGCUCCGCUGUGGCCCUGCGGCUGCAGCCGUCGGAAAAGCCCUGCUCCGCCGUGGCUCUGCGGCUGCAGCCGUCGGACAAGCCCUGCUCCGCCGUGGCUCUGCGGCUGCAGCCGUCGGACAAGCCCUGCUCCGCCAUGGCUCUGCGGCUGCAGCCGUCGGACAAGCCCUGCUCUGCCCUGGCUCUGCGGCUGCAGCCGUCGGACAAGCCCUGCUCUGCCCUGGCUCUGCGGCUGCAGCCGUCGGACAAGCCCUGCUCUGCCCUGGCUCUGCGGCUGCAGCCAUCGGACAAACCCUGCUCCGCUGUGGCCUUGAGGCUGCAGCCAUCGGACAAGACCUGCUCUACCGUGGCCCUGAGGCUGCACCCAUCAGACAAGCCUGCUGCUGCCAUGGCCCUGAGGUUACAGUCAGAUAAACAACCCACCAUUGUAUCUCUGAGGCUUCAGCAGUCGGACAAGCCUCUUGCCACCACCACAGGCCAGCAGCCUCUGCGCUCAGAUGAGUCUCCUUCCACUGUUGGAGCUCCAUCGCCUCCUCCCGCAGAUGAGUCUCCAACCAAGGGCCUGCAUCCUCUUCCCUUGGACGAGUCCCCCGCUGCUACCCAGGCUCAGUGGCCUCAGCUGUUGGACGAGUCUCCCGCCCUCGCUAGGGUCCCACGGCCUCAGCUGAUGGACAAGUCUCCCAUCAAGGGCCCGCAGCCCCUGCUGUCAGAUGAGGCUCCCGCCGCCGGGGCCCUGCAGCGUCAGGCGUUGGACAGGCCUUCCGCAGCUCCAGGGCUGCUGUUGUCUGAGAAAGCACUAAGGCCCGGGGAUCAGAAUGCUCAGCCAAAAGAGAGGGGAGCCACAGCGGUGGAGCGAACUUGUUUACCUGAGGAGCAGACCCCUCGGCUUGCAGGGAAGGCAGUGACACACAUGGUACAGGCACCUUGGCCCAUGGAGAAAUUGCAGACAUAUGAGCCACCCCACUGGCCCACUGUGGAAGCACUGAUGCCUGCAGAGCAGUCCCCUCGCACCACAGAGAAAUUACAGACAGCUGAGCCGCCGACUCAGGCUGACCGGGAAGUGGCAUCAGCACCCACAGAGCAGAGACCUUGGACAGCAGAGAGGUUACGUACAUUUGAACAGACCCCCCGGCCUGCCAGAGAAGCACCAGUGCCCCCAGAACAGGCUUCAUGGCUUGCCAGGAACAUUCAGACAUUUGAGCAGAUCCCUUGGCUCUCUGGAAAAGCACAGACACCCCUGGGGCAGGCCCCUUUGCCUGAGCAAAACAUAGUGCUAGUCCGUAACCAGGAUUCUCCCAGUCAGGAAUUGGCUGAAUCGAAACCGAAGUGAAGUCAGUGAAUGAGGCAGGCAGGUUGCAGUCGGUUUGUUUGGGGAGAGGGAUUUUCUUUGUUUUGUUUGUUCACGUCCCUGAGCGCAGCCUCGAGCCCAGGCGCUGUCAUGACAUAAGCAAGGACGUUUACCUAAACCGGAAUAUGGCCCAGCCACAGAAAGUGAGCAUCAGCGACCUUUUCCUCUUCCUUUUAGAAACGGUAACGUUGAAAUAAAGAGUCCACUCCGGAUAAAAUCUCUAAUUCCAUUGAAAUGGUCACGUUACUGAUCUAACGCGUCUGCAUGCGAGGUCUGCAUCCACAAGGGGUUUCCAAAACAGCUAAAUGGCCUUGAGGAAGCAAUUUUCUUUCUCUUAACUGUUCUUAAUGGAAGCAGAACAACUAGUCUGAACUGGGAUCUCAGAUGUUUCAAAUGAUUAAAUGGUGCACAGAGUAAUUGGACACAUGUCUUUGCUAGACUCUGAAGAGGGGAAGGGAUUUAGCACUUGUGCUGCCCAAUUCUCCUUCCCCACAGGGUUUUCCUUUGCAAGUGUUUGCCUGAGUAUGCACAUUGGUAUUUGUCACCAGUGCAAGGCUCACCAAAACACAGGUGCUGUUGUAAAAUGGCGGAGUCCUGUGGACUUAGUGGAGGGGCCUGCUCCUGCCAGACUGUACAGUUCAUUCCAAUGUGAGCAAGAGGACUGCUCCUGCGCAGGCCCUGUGAUUGGGGGUGGGGGGAGAAGGUUUCUGAAGAUACCGUCUGCCAGGAUUCUCACUCUUGGAUCUUAGCUCUGUAACGUGGGACAGGCGGAAUUUCCACUGCACAUACAAAGCUGUGAGCUCUGGAGGCAGCUGUAGCAGGGUGGAGCAUGAGUAAGGCCCCUACUGGAUGCCGAGCACUGCCUUUGACAGGGUAGAGAUGCUGCCCUCUGAACGCUCCAGGCAGUUCCUUCUCCACCUUGGUUGUUACCAUGAACUAGCAAACUAAAUAGUCUCUUCCUCCCCCAUCACAACCACAUGCUUAGGAGUCCUGUUUGCAGAGUGGCUGGUAGCCUAGCAGAGUGAAUUCUGUGGAAUUCACUCCAUAGUGCAGAGUCAAGAAGCUACUUCAGAAGGCAUGCUGUAUCCAGAAUGGAAAACCAUGUCAACACCCUUCCCCUUGGUUAGCCUCUGUAUUUCCAACCAAAAAUCCCCACAGGAGACUUGAAUUACCUGGACUAUGUUGAAGUGUCUGUGUGUCAGAAAACCAGCCCCUCAAGGUAAUAGUUCUCACACUGGAACACAAUGGCUCUAGCACCUGGCUGGCCUCUCUCUCCUCUCUCUCUCUCCCUCCCCCCCUUUUCCACUAAUGGUAGCUAUGCCUGGUGACUUGCCAGGCUGGUAUUUUGAGUAGACCUGAUGGGGGCAGUGACCUUGCCUGCCUGCUAAGGCAGAAAUACUCUCUGCUGUGGCAUUGAUAUGGUAGAAUUACAGGCAGGGACUUAGGCAGUGACGCUUGUGACCUGCGAAGGAGUAGCCGGGCAGUCUGCGUAAGUGCUGCCUACAGUCAAUGCAGUGUGCUAUGCCAUCGGGAAGCACUGUCUGAUCAGUACUGUCUCCCAACUCAUUACCUACGUGGCACGCCUGAGCUCCACUGACCUGGGCAGCAGGAGUCCAGCUUCAGCCUGUGUCCCCCAUUGUUUCAGAGCGAGCGGUAGGUCUCUCCCCAGAGGGGGAGAGCCUUAGUUCUAUACUAGCCUCUUUCCUCUGACUCAGGAACAGAUCAGGGCUGGCGUUCAGCUCGCAUGUUCUCACUGCUCUGAGAGAGCAAUAAUUAGCUUUGCGGGUUUCUGUGAUAGGGAGAGAGAUCUCUGUAACAAGGCAAAUCCUGCUCCAUUCUCCUUUCCAAACUCAGCUCCCCAAGAGAGUGUCCCCUCUGGGCAGUGCUGUCGUGUGUCUCUUCUCCAGUCUGAAUCGUGUCAGACCCCUCAGUGUAGCUCGUGACUUGGAGAAGCUUUAUGGCUUAUGGAAUCAUAGUGUGUGUGCUGUUUUUCCGUGAAGACCUGCAGGUUGGUCCCUGAUCUCUGCUGAGCUGGGGGAGAUGCAAGCAGCUAUUGUUUUGCAUGACUCCUGCACAAGGGGAAUCAGUAUGUCUCCUCAGAGCCAUUGAGAGAGGAUAAACUAAGGGCAUUUUAUUAAGUUUUUAAAAUAAAAACAAAAUUACAAAAAAAAAACGGUAAUGAGGUUCCGUAUGUUAAGUAUUUAUCAUGUGUGAGAAGGAAAAUAAAUCUCUAAUUGACAUUGAUAGCCCUUCCCAUGAGCUGGACUUCGUCAUGUAGAUUGUGUGAGUAGAGUGUCCUCUGUGCCAGCCGCCCAGCCAGAGGAGCUAGAACAAGAAAAGACAUCUGCACUGCUUUGUCCAACUCUGUUUUGCAAUGUCAUGUGUUACCUAGUUAUUUGUUUCAUGAAAAAUAAACUGUGAAUAUUUUUGGUGCAGGCUAUUUUAAGUCUUUACAAUGGAGAAGUUCUCAGUGAGCGCAGGUUUGAAGAAUCAUUCUCAUAAAUCAUGUGUUUAAAUCUAGGGUGAGGUUCACAGCAGCAGAAUCCCUCCAGCACUCUUAGCAGUUAUUUAGGAGCUCCCAUUUGAAUAGUGAAAGUAGAUUGAGACAUUGCAUGACAUUUUAAGCCCACAGCCUUACACCACUCACUUGACUACACCACUAUUUCUCUUCUCUUCUCCCUCCAGACCUUUUCUGUACAGAUCCAGUUUUCCAGUCCACCCAUCUUCCAACUGACACGUUUCACAGAGCUGACUUUAGAAUAGCUGUGCACCUGCUUGGGUAAAUACGAAUCUGCACUGGGAAAUAUCACUUACAGGCAGUGUUUGUGUCAGUUUAGAAGUUAAUACAAAUAAACACUCUUACACCGAGAGAGAUAGGAGAAGUGAAGAAACCAGGAAGCAGUUGUUCUGUAUCAGGUGGAAGGGACUGUGCAGUUAGUGGGAUCUUCCUCUCUGCAUGGGGCUGAAUUCCCGGGGAGCGGGAUGUGCCCCGGCCCCUCGCUAGCGAGCUGCAGAGCGCUGAAGAACCGUGGCUGGGUGGCCACUUCUGUGUUAUCCCAGGCUAGAGGAGGGAUGGGAACAUCUCUGUAAGUUAAUAUGAUGGAGAAGAAAUUAACAGCUUUAUGUCCGAACGCUGUUGGCAACCUCGGCAAACAGGCCACGGCCUGAAGGGAUCUCUGAGACAGAAUGCUCUCUUGCCUCUACAUGCGAUCCCUGAGACAUGCUCUGCUGGAACCAAGGCUGCUUCUAUCUGGGGAGGACUAAAGUGACUUCAGCCUCAGGGUCAGACUGGCACACUGUCUGCCAGGUAAAUCUACAUGAAAGGAAACAAAAUUGAAUUCCACUGUUUGAGAUUGUGGCAGCCAGCUGCAUCUGCUGACUUGGAUGCCAGAGGAGACAUUUGUAUUGGGGCUGUUUAAAUGCCAUUUAUUUCCAUUGCUACCUUUUAGAAUUCGCAUCAGUAAUUCAAGUCACUGGAUUCUUUAUAUAGAAAAUAGCGUUGCAAACAUGUUAGUGCUCAUGUAGGAUAGUAGAGAGAGAAACAGUCAGAGAGAAACACUGAGCUCUACCAAGAUCAAAUGAUUUAAUGGAGAAAGAGAGACUCAGGGUGCAUCUACACUAGAGCCAUCAGUACCAGAUAGAGGGGCUGUCGCACAGGUAAGGUGGAGUUAAGAUUUGGACUUACAGCAGGAAUUCACAAUCAUUGUUGAGGACAAACACAUUCUACAUAACAAAGAGGCAUCAGACAUUUUUCCCCCCAAAUUGUCUCAGCUGAGGUGUUGCUGCAAGAGGUGGCUCCUGAGUAGAUCUAGUGCAAGGGGCAGUUUUUGGAAAGAAGAGUUUCAGGUUAAGAGACGUGUUUUCUGUCUGUUCGUAACUGAAAGUUUCCCCUUUGAGAGAUGCUGAAGAAGGUUCAUAGAAACCCUCCAGUAAAAGCCCUCUUGCAAAAUAGCUGCAGGCUCCCAUUGUUCUCCAAGGGACUGAGGUCAUUAGCUGCCUUUAGCAAGAUGGUCAUCACCUCUACUCAUCUGCUCCUCUCAGUCCCCUGACUGCAUAGAGCCAUUGCCUCCCAUGAGGACUUCACCUGUGGCCUCGGUGCCACUCAGAGUGAUGGCAGCGGUGAUGAGGAGGCCAGUGGGCGAGUGUGCCUGUUUGGAAGGGCAACCUUUGGUGAGCUUCUCUGUAGGAUAAGAUGCUGUGCACCAGCCUCUUGCUGCUGGAGAAAACACUCGGUUCAUCUUUGUGGUCUGGCCCUGGGGUGCACAUGUUCCAAGCAUUCAGGACCAGAAAUGCUUCAAUAGCCGUGUCCGUUGGUCCAUAUCUGUGCUCUGCUAUGAACUGAGGGCAUAUAAGUGACAGUGCAGAUCAACUGCCUCUCCAGUUCCUUGCUACCGCUCGCAUUUUGGGACAGGCCCUCUUGUCUUUGUUAGUCUCUUAGCCUCAGUAAACAUUAAACAUGGUUUUAAUGGUUUAUUGGUUAUGUGGCUCCUUUAAUUAGUUAGCUAGGGCUUUUCAAGUAGUUGUUAGUGGGGGCAUGAGGUUCCCUCCACUUUAUUCCCCCUACGUCAAAGGCAUUUGCGCCCAAGACCCCAGGUCUCAAGCACUGUGUUGCAUGCCAAGUCUUCCUGUUGACCAGUGCUCACAAGACCUGUCUCUGCUGCCUCCGGGAAUCUCACAUCCCAUCGAAGUGUGAGAUCUGCUUCUCCUUCCUCUCCCCCUUGUGCUGGGCAGUCCCGGCAGCUCAGACUCCGCAGGCACUGAUGGAGCUCUCCAGCAGACCUGAGGAUGCAUGAAGAGGGUAGAGAAAGACACACUCCUCAGAAGACUGACAAGUCCUCUCAUAAGUCGUCAAAGAAGGGGAUGCUGAGUGAGAAUCCAGCCCUCGGGGCUGAGUGAGAAUCCAAGCCCCGGACCAGGGGCACCCAGAGUUCACAGGGAGCAAGAGCCAGCACUGGCGGUACCAGGAGAUUCCAGCGCUCUGAAACCCACUUCAAAGCACUCUCUCUAUAAAUGAGGCCAUCUUCGGCCUGCUGAAAACCUUUGGCACAAUCCAGCUACCUUCCAUGCUGUUCCAGAUAAAGAAAAGCUUGUAACCGGGUCAUCUCUGCAGGCAUCCCUGAAUGCAGUGAACAUGGCUUCCUGCUCUGUGGCUGCCUCGAUCAUGAGAUGGGCAUCAUGGCUGCAGGCGUCAGGUCUCCCUGAGGAGAUUCAAGCCACUCUAGAAGAUCUAUCAUUUGGGGGCAUGUGAUGGUUUGGAUCACAGAACCCCCUUGGGAGCUGCCACCCGAUGUGCCAUGACUACCUCUGCUCCUGCUUUCCCUGCCAGCUCAGGACUCCAGCACCCUGUCUUGCUGAGCCAGACGUCUCUCAGUAAGUCUGGUCAUCGUGGGGACAGUCGAGAGCCUCGCACCUCCAGUGCUUGUCUGUCCAGUCUCCCCACUCCUUUUGGUGGCCAUCUAACCUGUUUUCUUCUGAUAUUGCAACAUUUAACUUCUGACAGAUGGCCCUUUGGCAUCAUCUCAGCCAGCUACACAAUCCAGUCCCUGUCCCUUCUGCAAAAUCCCCAUCCUCAUCCCUCUUCAGGGUCCCCUCUCACCAGGCGCUCUUCAGACAGAAGUGGAAUCCCCAAUCCAACUAGAAGCAACAGAACUGGUACCUGCUCAAUGCCAGGGAAAGGGCUUUUACUCCAGAUACUUCCUGAUUCCCAAAAGGAAGAGGGGCAGGGACCCAUCCUGGACUCUGGCAGCUGCCGUUCAGCAGUCCAGAUGAUGACCAUGGAUUUAAAGGAUGCCUUUUCACGUACAUGCAGACAGGAAACUCCUGCGUUCCAUGGUGGGGUCAGAGCACUUCCAGUACCUGGUGCCCCCCGGGGCCUUUUGGCAGCUUUUACGAAAGUCCUGACAGGAGUGCAGCGCACCUACACCAUCACUGCUACCACACACAUCCCUGUCUAGGUGACUGGCUCCUCAAGGGAUGAUGGUAUCAGGCAGUGCAUACAGCAUUCGCUGCCUUGCUUGACCUGUGCCUCUCCUUGGCACUUGAGGUAAACCCAAGAAAGUCCAUUUAACACCCAUGACUGCAGAAUUUAUUGGAGCUGUUCUUGACUUGCUUGCACCCAGAAUUUACUUACCACAGGACAGAUUCCUAACAAUGAGAGACCUCAGUAUCCAACUUCUAAGUCAUCAGACAGUCUGGUCCUAGGCCUUGUGGUGACACGCACCUACACCCAUCCCCAGGCUUCCCCACUGCAGUCUCCAGGCUUGGCUGAGGAAAGUCAACGCAAGGACUCCUCAGACAAGAGAGUCGCCCUUCCUUCCAGCAUUCGGGUAUCUCUCGCCUGUUAGGAAAAGGGAGUCGGUAUUUGUGGGGAUUCCCUUUGCUCCCACCCCACUGCCAAAGACACUUGUGACAGAUGCAGCCUGACUUGGCUGGGGGCCCACCUGCGUGACUACACAGAUCAGAGUUCCUGGACUUAGCAAGAGUUCACAUGCCACAUCAACCUGCUCAAGCUUUGGGCCGUCCACAAAGCAUGCAUACAAGUCCUCCCCUUUAUCUGAGCCACUCUGUCCAGGUCCGAUCAGACAACAUGACCACUCUUUGCUAUAUUAACAAGGUCUGCAUCAUUCGGCAGGGAGGCUGUCCAGCGUGGAGCUGGUGCAUCCAGCAUCAGCUCAUCCUCUCUGCAGUGCACCUACUGGGGAGAAUGAGAACUCCUUAGCGGACAGCCUCGGCAGGCGUUCUCACGCAGACCAUGAAGGGGAGCUCCACUUGAUCCAGUGGGGAUCCCCAUUUUGUGACUUCUUGGCAACCCAGGACAACAGGAAGUACUUGAUUUAUUGCUUUUGCUAUACAUUUGCCUACAGCCAUUUCUGGACCUACUGUCACAGAAUAGGGACAGGACCACCCAUCCAAACCCAUAUUUCUUCAUCUGACAGCCUGUUUUUUGGAUGGGCAACAGACUUAGAGAGAUCCUACUCAAAGAUCCAUGCUUCUCAGUAGCAGGAAACUCUCUAUAAGGAAGUGUUACACUGCUGAGUGGAAGCAGCUCUCCGUGUGGUGUCAAAGGCACAGUUUGCCUCCAGAGGAGUCUGGCAUUCCUCUUGUCUUGGACUGUCUCCUCUCCUGGAAGUCAGCAGUGCUGUCCAUCAUUUCAUUAAGGGUUUAUUUAGAGCUGUCGAUGCCUUUCAUCCUCAGUAGAGGACUGAUCUGUUCUCACCCAUCCCACAAGAAUCAGGUUCUUAAAAGGCACUAUCAGAAUUUUCCCACGGUGCCUCUGUCCUGGGACCUGAACUUGGUCCAUUUCCAACUCAUGAAACCACUGUUUGAACCCUGAGCCUCCACCUCAGUCCUGCUCUUUGGAGGUAACCAUCCUUAAAGCUGUUACCUUGGCCAGGAGAAUGGGUGAGUUUGGGCCCAGUGGCAGACCUGCCUGAUCCUGUCAUUCACAGAGACAGUGUCCUUGAGAUAGUAUCCCAGGUUCCAGCUGACUUCCACUGUAACCAGCCGUUCACCUGCCUAUGUAUUACCUGGAUUUUCACAGGAAUAGUGAGGGCAGGAAGCUGCUCUCUGGAUGCUGGAUAGCUCGGUUGUUUUGUCGGGAUGGGACAAGGCCCUGCAGGAGAUCUCCACGGCUGUAUGUCCAAAGCUGUGAGGAUGAAAGGAGAAGCAAUAUCUUCUCCAAGACACUCAGAAUGGAUUUCCAGCUGCAUCCUUUUCUGCUCUGAGAGGGCGGGAACCCCUCCUCUCCAGGCUGUCAGGGCUCAUUCGACCAGCGCACAAGCUGCCGCAGUGGCAUCCUGCCAAGGGACCCCUCUGAAGUUUGUAGAGUGGUGACUUGGCGCUCCGGUCACGUGUUCACAGGACACUAGUCACUGAAUCAGGCCUCAGCUGAGGAUGCUUCCUUCGACUCAGCCAUUCUGUGAGCUGUGUGCAGAACUCGUCUUGCCCUGGCCACCUGCCUGGGACUCACUCACAGUGAGUAGCCAUUGGGACCAAAAGGGAAGGUUCUUUCUUCUGUGUGGUUGCUGCAGACCCAGCCUCGUCCUCCAGCUUUGGAUCCUCACAGGAUUCAUGGUAGAGUAGGAACUGGAGAGGCCGUCGGUCCAUGCAACCCCUUAUCCCCUUGGUUCACAGCACAAGGAGACGCAGGGCAUGUGAGUGGUCCAACAGACACCCCUAUUGAAGAAUGUCCAGUCCUGGGCUCCCAGAGCACAUGUGCAUCCACAGUGAAUACCUGCUGGGACAUCUCGAAGCUCUCCUGUUACUAUAAGUAACCUUCCUUUAUGAAGAAUAACUGCAAAAUAAUGGCGCUUAAUAGUAAUGAGGUCUUUUCAAAACCUACCUGUUGCACCAAAUCUAUCCAGCAGGGAGAAAUGGGGGCGUGUGUUUGCACCGGGAAAUAUGGAGGGAAGGGGUAGGGGGCAUUGCACUGCUCUGAUGAUGAAAAACAAUGGCAAAUGCAGCUUAAUUAUCCACCUCGGCACUGCUCCCAAGUGCAGAAAGCAGCCAGUGCACUGGUGAAUCCGGACAUAAAAAUUACAAUUUUAAAAGAUGGUUAAGGCUCAUGCUACGUAUCUUCAGAUCAUUAAAAAUAUCCCUUGGUAGCUGUUGCUUUGUGAGUUUUGUUUACUGAUCACAUAUGAAAACUUUAGUAGUUAAAAAGAAAACAAAUCCACAGAGAAAAACGUAUGAUGGAGUUAAGGUAGAGAAUACAUAUUAGUAAAUUAGGGUCAAAUAUACAGGGAUGUUGUGAUUAAUUUUAAACAAGCAUUAUUAAACCCAGGGAAUUUGAAGUUAAUGUUAAACAGAAAAGAAAUACAGCAUGGUAAGAUGAGACUAUGCACAGUUAAAUUGUGUAAACAACUUUAACUCAUCCCUGUAAAGGCAGAAAUGAAAAAUGAGGAAAAGACUCUGUCUGGAAAAGUCAGUUCAGUUUAAUCGGAGAUCACAGGCACCGAUGAGCAUCAAUCCUAACUGAAUGGUUCUUGGCUGACAUCCCUACGGGGCGGAGGCAGGGUUGUUUGGGAAUCUGAACUGUGCAUUUCAAUACCUUAACGUGUUUGGAUUUCUGUUAAAUUUAACCUUAACUCUCAAUGUACAUCUCUCAACUAUACAGUGCCCUGAAUUACAGCAUCAUACUGAGCCUUACACCAUGGGAACUAGCUGCUAGCUGGGAACGUUACAGCAGACUUGCCAUGAUCCUGAGCCACUCGUGCAGACAUCGGUUCUGAACAGCUGCUCAGCACAUGGUGUCAGUUGCCUGAGGCUUGUCUACAAUAGUACGUCUCCUUGCUAGUACUGCACCAUUGGAAGCAGCUGUUGGGAUCCAGUUACUAACUUGUCCAAUGUAACAGGCCUCCCUGCUCAUUGGGUUCUUGUGCCCUUGGAGAAGGGACGGAUCUAGAGGAGAUUAUCAAUAGUUGUUCCUUCACUUUCCCGUUACCUUCAGCAGGAGCUUUGCAUGGAGCAAGCUAGCUGGGCUCCUGGCGACCAGGUAAUAAAGUGAAAGCAGAUUCCUUCCUUUAGAGAUGUCCUGAUGUGAUGUUCUCAGUGAAGCCAGCCAGACCCCUCUGCCAUCUUGGCAGCAGAGUGAUAUGCUGCACCGUGGGCUAGAGGAGUGGCUCUGGGAGGCUGGCCCGGGAGUACUCGAUCUACCUCUUGGGGAAAUCUCGACAAACGAAUAGUGCUAUGUCCUGUUGCUAGGGAACGUUGUAAUCUUACAUUUGCCCUUGGCUAAAUACUUGGGCUCUCGUGGUGCUAUUGUACAGAGGUUGGCUGCUCAGCACAGCCAGGCUAAGUUCAUGUCCCCCAGCCCUGCGGCUGCAGUUCCUUUGCAAGCUGAAUCCUUCCUUCUCUGGUAGCGGGGCUGGGCUUUUGUUAGAGUGGCUGAAACAGACAGGACAGGGCUCACAGGAACACCCACAUUGUUCUGAUGUUAUCCAGAUCUGAGCCGCCUUCAAACCAGACCAAGGGGCCAGUGAGUCUGUGUUUAAAAAAGAAAAAAAAGACCUAUGCAUGGGCUGGGACUUGCAUGUUCUUCUGUGUUACCGUAGGGGACUGAGCUGGCUUCAGUUUUAUGAUGUUUCAGAACCAUUGACCUAGAGGAACUGGAUUUUGGACCUUUAUGCUGGGAACCUGUAAAGCAAACUGAACAGUCAGCAUGCUCUGUUGGUGUCUGCAGGGAGGAUAAAGGAUUGGAGCGAAGUCAGUUAAGCUACUUGCAGACCCAUAUGAUACAGGAGUUUGAGAACCAAUCAGUCAGACACAGGAGAAUGGAAUUAGAGCAUUAGCAAGAUCACUGCUUUGAGAUGGGCAGGGGCUAAUGGUGCUGAAAGCUCUGUAUUUUCUAACAAGCAGUUAGUGUGUUAGCAAGUGAGAGAUGCUCCCGGAGCAAUGGUAGAGCAGCUUGGCAGCAGAGGCCUGGCCUUGCAUACACUUGGCACUCUGCCCCCUGAUCUGCCAUUGUUAGGACAGUGGGAGCCUGGUGUAAAGUGCACACAGCUACCCCUGCCCACUGGGCUAGCCCCCAUGCCAUGGCAGAACUGGGGGUGGAAAGUUGUGCUCAGCCUCAGGGUUGGCCCUUUCCUGUUGCACUGGUUCUCCUGAACACUGCACUAGGCUUGUAUCAGUCCAGUAGCUCCUUCCCCCCCCUGCCUGCAGUGUGUGCCCCAGGACUGAACAGGUGUCAGAGCCUACAGGGAAAUUCUCUUCUGAGCCCUCCCCACCGUUCAGGAACUGGAGCAAGAUGUGCCUCUGCAGGGCUUUUGUGUGCUGUGACCAAGGGAGGGGUUCCCCCUCCUUGCCCAGAGGAAUAAAUGAUGAAAUGAGGGAUUGAUCAGGUUUGUAAGAAGCUGCUUAAAAGUACAGGGGAGAAAUGUAUGUAAAAAGCGAAGCAGCUCUCCUCCAUGUGGGGCACUGCCAGCCUUCUGUGCUUAAAGUACACUCCUCUUCCUUCGCUGCAGGAACUAAGAGGUUAGGACUAACGCCACAAGGUCAUGCAGCAGAGAGGGGGGCUGUAGAGGCAAAUUGCUCCAGUGUGAUUAGUGCUAACGAUCUGAAUGAAGAAUGCGUGUGAUAGCGUUCCUACUUGAACGUCAUGUCAGGCCUCAAACACACUGGCUGCCCUGGAGUUGGAGAGAUGGACAGCGUGCAGGGCCCAUGCUGUAGCAAAACUUCUACUGAAGUAACUGAGAACAGUGCCUGAGUAACAACUGCAGGAAGGAGUUGCCAAGUAUCACUGUGGUCUGCCAUGACUGUGCCAGUGCUUUAUUUGUGUGUGCACGCAGGGAGCAAGUGGAUGGUGGAUGAACACAGCACAUGGGAGUUUGUGAAAGAUUGUCUAAUGUAAUGGUGUUACACAGAACUCGCCUGGUCUCCCCUGCCCCACGUCCUGUGCAAAGAACAGGCAAUGGCGCGAGAGAGGCGUAUAUAUUUACAGUAUAUAUCUAUUAUUUUUAGAAGAGGGAGAAGGGGAGUGUCUCGGACCAUUGAUUAAUUUCACUUUGCUCCCCUUAGAAUGUUGGCUGUGUAUGUGAAACUUAUGAUAAUGAAAAGAGGGUUGGCCUUCUCCAGGUGCUCCCAGAACAUGUACUGUAAUUCUUUGUAUAUAGAAGAAAACAAUUACUGUAAAGUAAAGUUUAACUUUACUCUUGA